AUGAAAAGCGAAUAUGAAGAACGUUCAAGGACUAAAACUGACAAUACUCAAGUGAAGGUGGAAGAGGCCCUUCCAUACACUAUUUAUCUUUUGUGUUUAUGGAAUCCCGUCCAUUUAGACUUGAAUCCAUAUUAUGUAAUGAUCGCGAGCACUCCAUUUAUCGCUCAGCUAAAGAUUAAUCUCACGUUAACUGUAUCUAUCGCUGCGGAGAGGAUUUUGGCUCUGUCCUUCCCAGUCGUAUUCCGUAAGCUAUCCUCUUACCCGUACACAACGUUCUGCUUGAUGCUUGGAUUUUUAUUAGCGGCUAUAGAUCUCACUGUGGAAUUCUCGCUCUCACCGUUCAACAAAACACCCAACUGUCCCUCUGUCGGAUGUUUCUUGAGUAACACGUUUUCUUACUAUUUAGGAAUCAGCAACAUGGUAAGCUUCUCUUUUCUUGAAAAACAUCUGAGCAGCAGUGUUGUUGUUGGCGUCUGUGGAAUAACUGGCUUUUCUCUUACCAACAUAAUUGGUCCAUUCUACACCGCUGGGCUACUUUGUGCUGGUGUAUGCAACGGUGUCGUUCAAGUCGUUCAGAAUAAGGACAUGCUGCGAGCUUUGGGAUGUAAAUGCGUCACAGCAGGAGGAACUGCAACAGUCGAGCCUGUUAAGACCAGCUCUACGAGAUUUAUAACUCAACACUUGUCAGGCUUGUUCACACUGCAAGCCGAGGACGUGCAGUCGUGUGAAGCAAACUCGAAGACACUUAAACCUUAG